UUAAACCUAACCUUAACGACACUGCUAACCUUAUGCCUAAUCUUAAAUUAAGACCGAAAACCACAUUAAAAAAUGUAAUAUUUUUUUUUACCAUAUAGCCAAUUUGAACAUUGUGAUUCUGGUAAAUUUUGCAAACCCUGAAGGAAAACUCCAGAUCACACGGAUUCUAGUGGUGGAGGCUCGUUUGAGGCAGGAGCGUCAACCUAUUUUUACAGUCCGCAGGGAUCAUCUGCAAGAUUUAGCAGCGGGACGAUUUUUUUGUUGAUGGUUGGUGACCAGAACAUAAUUUGUAGACUGCAAAUUGACUGCAAGAAGCCCAAGCAGAUAUCAUAUUUGACAACAAAAAAUGGAAUCAUUUCAAACCUUGCUUACAUUUAUUUGAGAUCAAGUCUCUCUUUAUUAUGUGUGGUAAUUUGGGAACAGAAUUCCAAAAUUAAAAUCACUUGAAGCUGAUUUCCUGGAGUUUAUAAUAUUGUAUGUCCAACCAUUAGAACAAAUAAUAAUAGUAUAACAUUUGUAACAGAAAUAAUAUAAUAUAAAUCGGGCCGCGGGCCGCUAUUUGGGGAACCCUGGACUAGUAGAAGGCAAGUGAUGGAGAGAAGGCCAGCCUCAGUUGGACCGAUUGCGUUAGCUACCCACUCUGAGCCCAUAUGUAUGUGUAUUGAUUCAUUUGCAGACGUAAAACUUUAAGUCCGUUAUAUUCUUACUGACAGAAACAGUGUGGGUUCGCGUUAGCUAAUUCAUUUCCGUGAUGGAUGCGCGAAUAUCAGGCGGGACUGGCGUUGGUACAGUCGCUAACGUUAGAUCAAAUUUGCCUAACGUUAGAUCAAAUUUGCAAGGACCCAGUUCAGGUAAUGGGAGAAGGAUGACGUCCAAAAAAACGCGUUCAAAAAAAGGGAAGAGAAGAAAGAGACGGAGGAAUAAAAAGACAAAGACCAACAAAACCCCACCGUAUUUACCACCGGAGGCUGAAGAGGGAAACAUUGAAUAUAAGCUGAAGCUGGUGAACCCCACACAAUACCGCUUUGAGCACCUGGCCACCCAGUUAAAAUGGCGUCUUCAAGAGGGACGGGGCGAGGCGGUGUAUCAGAUUGGGGUGGAAGACAAUGGCCUGCUUGUCGGACUGUCAGAGGGAGACAUGAGAGCCUCGUUGAAGACCCUACGGAGGAUGGCAGAGAAGGUUGGUGCUGACAUCACACUUCUACGAGAAAGAGAGGUGGAUUACGACUCGGACAGAAACUGCCGGAAAAUCGCAGAGGUUCUUGUCCGAAAAGUUCCAGACGACCAACAGUUCUUGGACCUGCGUGUGGCGGUACUGGGAAACGUGGACUCAGGGAAGUCCACGCUGUUGGGCGUGCUGACGCAAGGCGAGCUGGACAACGGGCGAGGCCGGGCACGCCUCAACCUCUUCAGGCACCUUCAUGAGAUCCAAACGGGCAGGACAUCAAGCAUCAGCUUUGAGAUUUUGGGCUUCAAUAGCAAAGGGGAGGUGGUGAACUACAGUGACUCCCGUACAGCCGAGGAGAUUUGUGAGAGCUCUUCUAAGAUGAUCACCUUCAUUGACCUGGCCGGCCACCACAAGUACCUGAAAACCACCAUCUUUGGCCUCACCAGCUACUGCCCAGACUUCGCCAUGCUGGUGGUCAGCGCCAACACAGGCAUAGCUGGCACCACCCGGGAGCACCUGGGCCUGGCCAUGGCACUAAAGGUACCCAUCUUUAUCGUGGUCAGCAAGGUGGACCUGUGCGCCAAGGGCACGGUGGAGCGCACAGUACGCCAGCUGGAGCAUGUCCUCAAGCUGCCUGGCUGUAACAAAGUGCCGAUGGUGGUGGCCAGCCCGGAUGACGCCGUCACAGCCGCCCAGCAGUUCGCUCAAUCCUCCAGCAUCACACCCAUCUUCACCCUGUCCAGCGUGUCUGGAGAGAGUCUGGACCUGCUUAAGGUCUUCUUCAACAUCCUGCCUCCUCUCAGCAACAGCAAGGAGCAAGAGGAGCUCAUGCAGCAACUCACUGAGUUCCAGGUAGAUGAGAUAUAUACCGUGCCAGAUGUGGGGACAGUGGUGGGAGGAACUCUCUACAGUGGGGUGUGUCGCGAGGGGGAGAGGCUGGUGGUUGGCCCGACGGACGAGGGCCGUUUCCUGAGGCUGAAGGUGGGCAGCAUCCAUAGAAACCGCUCGGCCUGCAGGGUGCUGAGAGCCGGCCAAGCCGCCACACUGGCCCUCGGCAACUUUGACCGAUCGCUGCUCCGCAAGGGUAUGGUGAUGGUCAGCCCGAAGAUGAACCCCACCAUCUGCUGGCAGUUUGAGGCGGCCAUCGUCCUUCUCUUCCACGCCAAAACAUUCCGUCGGGGCUUCCAAGUGACCGUGCACGUGGGGAACGUAAGACAGACGGCCACCGUGGAGUGCCUGCAUGGAAAGGAGGAGCUGCGCACAGGAGAGAGGGCCGUGGUCUGCUUCCGCUUCAUCAAACACCCCGAGUACCUCCGCAUGGGCGCCAAGCUGCUCUUCAGGGAGGGCGUGACCAAGGGCAUCGGCCACGUCACCAGCCUCCUGCCCGACUCGCAUGACCAAAACCAGAUCCACGAUCAGAACCAAAGGGAGAUAGAGAAAUAGAGAGGAGGAGAAAGGAGGGAAGGAGAGGAAAUGAUAAGCUCUCCUGAACAUGCCGCCCCCCCCCCCCUUUCUAAGUAAGUUUGUGCGAACUGCCGGCACCGGACGUCAUCCCAGUAGAUUGGUAUUGAACCACACACUGGUAUUUUAAUCACCAUUUGUUCGUAUCUAAGUGUGUCUGUACUGUACUUUCCUCAUCUGCCCCUCGUGCCAUGUAAAGAUGUGAAGCCCGAUUGAAAACCUUGAUCCUUCUCAGUGGUGGAUUCUGGGGCGACGCUUUGUGUGGGUUUGGGCAAAGGUCAGCGUCUUUAGUCGAAAGCUGGGUGACCUCUUCGAAUGCAGGCUAAGCUUUCAUCUAAUCUGCUGUGGAUUGCUUGAAGGAACCAUUCCCAUCCCUCUCUGGCUCCAAACACCAGAGGGUCAUUUCAUAACAGAUACAAUAGAUCAAAUGCAUGCUCUCCCUGUUUUACUUGGACUGGACGAUGUGGAACAUACUCAGCAUACCCAUCCUUUGGAGGUUUAAAGGGAUAGUUGGCUUUUAAAAAGUUUUAGCUCAUUGUCGACUUACCUAAGGCAGGGUUUCCCAAACUCGGUCCUGCCCCCCCGCCCGGGUGCACGCGAAGGUUUUUGCCCUAGCAAUACACAGCUGAUUCAAUUAAACAACUUAUCAUCAAGCUUUGAUUAUUUGAAUCAACUGUGUGGUGUUAGAGCAAAAAACAAAGCGUACACCCGUGGGGGGAGUUUGGGAAACCCUGACCUAAGGUGUUGUCGAUUUUAAGUUUGUUAUUUAGCAAUGUGCAGAAUGGCUAGCAUUUUUGGAGCAUGUAGCGAUGAUAGUGUAAAUAGGUUGUAUCAGUUAGCAUUGCUUUCAAAAGCAUGUGGAAAGCAGGGAAGUCGACCAGUGGUGAUCCUGUCUGCAAAAGGAAGAGCUCUUCUACCAUGCUUUUGAAUGCAAGUUUCCUUCCAUACCUUUUCUAAAAUAUUGUGGUUUACUCUGCACUUAAUUCGUCUUGAUUAGUAUUAAGGAAAAGUAGACUACGUGCUGCCCAUUUUGGUGACGCAAAUAAGUGGCGACCGUAAAUGCUGCCAUGCUAAUUUUCUAAAUGUUAAAUUCAACUAAGUCUGUGUAGGGCAGCAAUAAUGUGUGAGGGUUGAGAAUGAGCAGAGUCGAGAUGCUUGGCGUAGUCAAGGGAAUGUUGCAUUGCAAACCCGUUCUGAAAGAAAUGUAGGGCCAAGUAUCAAGUGAUGUUUUCCAUAGUAGAGACGCCGCUUUUGUUACCCUGUUAUGUCAACCCAUUGAACCCAAUGCUGUCUAUGUCAUAGCUUCAGGCUUGUCUGUGUACAAGGCAGCUUUGUGCAGCUAGAUACCCAUGUGGAGUCUGCAUGCUUAAUAGGGACUUGUGAAAAUCUAAAAAUCGGACUAAAUGGACUCCUAAAUGACAAAUAUGUAUUGAACUCUAGACUUUAUCCCUCACCCUUUACGAGGUUGUGUGCAAUUAUAACUAAAGCAUUGAAUGUAAUGUACAUCCACUUCUAAAUACCAUUUUGAAGCACAAACAUUUGUGUGAGAGUUGUCGAUUUUGCACUUUGUAUUUUUGGAAUAGCUUCUGCAUGUGAGUCCGCCAGAGGUUCCUGGACUACGUCCCGUAGAGCUGUAAGGUGCUCUGUAGUGAAGCACGGGAUUCAAUUCAUCAUGGUGUUGAUGCAUAUUGAGGUCUCGGUGACCACUGAUGUAUGCUGCUUAUUCAAGUAUCAGCUGAUCUUUACAUGUUUGCGGUCAUAAGAAAUAUACAGAAAGCAGAGCGCUUUUCUUUUAGAUGAUAUAAUAAAUAUAAUAUUACAGGUAUUAGCUUCUUUGGUUGAGACACGUAGCAAGUUUGCAUUAUGUGUAUGCAUUGCAUCAAGGUUGUGUAAAUACUAUUAAACAUGUUUUAUCGUGACUCUUUCCCCAUAAAAAACAUCAAAAGACAA